AAAUUUGUGAUCUUUUUUAGCUGGGUGGUACUUAAUUGAAUUUGAAGUAGUCUAUGAGAUUUAUUUGCAGAAUCUUGACAUGGGUUAUUAGUCUUGUUCAUCUUCUUUUGAUCAAUAAAGAUAUAACUUGACUCCUUUGUUGUGUUUUAUCUUGAUUUGAGGCUAUUGGUUCUGCCACUAUAGUACUUUGGAUUGUCAGUUUUUUCUUACGAAGUUACAGAAAGUUGUGAAACUUUGUUUCAGGAGUAGAAUUCUUCAGGUGCUUGGAUUUCAAUUUAAUUUCCAUGCUAUAGUAACUUUUCGAUCAAGUAAAUCUAAAAAAAGUGAGGUGUUAAUGGGGUCUGAAGGGCUUCCAGCUGUAACAAUCCAUGUGACAGGGUUCAAGAAAUUCCAUGGAGUAGCUGAAAACCCAACUGAGACAAUUGUUAAUAAUCUAAAAGAGUACAUGAAGAAGAAGGGCAUGCCAGAAGGUGUGGUUCUGGGGAGUUGCAAUGUUCUUGAGGCUGCAGGACAAGGCGGAGUUUCUCCACUUUACCAGACAUUUCAAUCUGCCAUAAACUCGAAGGAUUAUGAAUCUUCAAGUCCUGAAAGAAUUAUUUGGCUACACCUUGGGGUCAAUAGUGGGGCAACAAGAUUUGCCAUUGAGCAUCAAGCUGUCAAUGAAGCUACUUUUCGCUGUCCAGAUGAGAUGGGAUGGAAACCACAGAAAGUACCCAUCAUUCCUUCAGAUGGUGGAAUUUCACGAGUUCGAGAGACUACUCUUCCUGUUGAGGAGAUCACAAAGUCCCUGGCAAAGAAAGGUUAUGAGGUGAUGACUUCCGAUGAUGCAGGCCGAUUUGUGUGCAACUAUGUUUACUACCAUUCCCUUCGGUUUGCAGAGCAAAAUGGGACAAAGUCUCUCUUUGUGCAUGUGCCACUUUUCUUGACCAUAGACGAGGAGACUCAGAUGCAAUUUGCUGCUUCCUUGUUGGAGGUACUUGCUUCUUUGGAUUAGUAAGAUCUAUUAGCAUCCAUCUUGCUCUUUAUCACCACAAGCAUUUGAGCUUAUCCUGUUAUCGACAACAAUUGUUAAGAUGGGUGCCUGUAUUGAAAUGUUCAAAUAAACAGAUGAGUGUACGGUGAAUGAAAAAGGUGUAUUUAUGGUUGCACAAAGACUUCUCAUGUACUUUCUUCGACCUUUUCCAAAAGGUUUUAGCUUCUGAUUGAAAUGUUCUUGAAUCUCAGUUUACUGUGUGAAUUAAUAAGAUUCCAAUUUGCUAUUA